UGUUCCGAGGGACUAAGAGGGAGCUCUGUUCUGCACAGAGGAAAUGGGCGUUCUCCUUGGAAAGUUUGGAUGGAGUGAUUGAAAAAAUAGAGGGGGUGUGGCAAGGCCAGACGGGAGAGGACCACAGAGGGACACAAACGUUGUAGAGUAGUGAAACCACUCAUAAGAGGUCUCAUUCAGAGGAACAGACGAUACCUGUGCAGAAAAUGGCUUAUCUGCUGAUGUUUGUGACCCUGCUCCAUCUCAUCACCCUGGCCAUGCUGUUCAUAGCAACCAUGGAGAAGUCCUGGUGGGUGUGGGACGGCAUGGAGAACUCAGAUCUGUGGUACAACUGUAGGUUCGACAACUUCACUGGAACCUGGCUUUGUGCAUCCUCCAAAGAAUCUGAGUGGCUCCAGGCAGUGCAGGUCCUCAUGGUUCUGUCAGUGGUCUUCUCUUCUAUCUCCUUCUUGGUGUUCCUGGGUCAGCUGUUCACCAUGUCUAAGGGCGGACUCUUCUAUUUCACCGGGCUGUGUCAAGUAUUUGCAGGUCUGACAGCCUUCUCUGCAGCUCUCAUCUACACACUACAUAAUAAGGAAAUCCUCUCCAGCUCCAAAGAGCUGACCUCUGGACACUUUGGCUACUGCUUCAUCCUGGCCUGGGUGUGUGUCCCUUUGUUGCUGUGCAGCGGCGUCAUAUACAUUCACCUGCGUAAGAAGGAGUGAUCUGAGAAAAAGAAAACCAAGCCGACAGCAGUGUUGGAAAACAAAUUAUUGACCUGACUUGUCAAUCAGAAAGUUUCAUUUUGUCACAAUGUCACAAAUGUCUAUGUUGCUAUGUUUUUUGAAUUGUUGAUACUUGUAUAUUGGAAAAAUUACCUAGAAAAUAUUUGUCCUUCUCUGACGCAAACUCAAAAAUCCUUAAUUUGAAUCCAAUAAUGCUCUCCUUCUGUUUUAUCAUUGGUUUAAGUUGCUCAUCAUUAAGUUUUAAUUAGUAUUGUAGGCCUUGAGGUGUGUUAAAUUCUUUAAAUUGUAGUAGC